CGGUGAUGUCAUUGGCAACCAAUCAAAAACUUAAAAGAGCCAGCCCGGGCCCGCGCGGAGCAGCAGCUCUCUAUUUACAUGUAAACCUAGGCGGCCGCCAGACGCGGUUAACCCUUCCCGGGGCUGAAGUGUCAAUGGCUCGCACUGGCCGCUCUGGCUGAAACUGGUUCUCCCGGCGUGGCGGACCCCGGCCUCGCGGGGUCUCCAUUCCACUUCGUGACUCGGGGUGGAGGCUCAGGAGUGUCCGGCCAACUUUCCCGAGGCGGUAGGCGACCCGAAGCCGGGUCUCUCCAUGGCCGUGACAGCGCAGCGCGGGACGUGAGCGCGCACAGGGCCGGCCUCCCCGCAGCCCGGCUCUGUCCGGCCCGCAGAUGUCGCUGCCUCUCCGGCUGCCCUACUGCUCUCCCGCGCGGCGGCUGCGCGCCGUGCUCCUGUUCCCUUACUUCCGUGCCCCGGUCACUCCCCCGCCGUCCCCGGUGUGUUCACAGGAGCCCGACUCGGAACUCGAAGGUGGCAGCCCGGAGAGCUGCGCGGAGGAGGAGGUUUGGCUCUACUCCAGCGGCCACUGGGGGCGCGUGCUGCGCGGCGGCGUGGGGGCCAUCCCGCAAGGCUGGGCGUGGCCGGGCUCGCCCAGCGGCCCACCAGCGCCACAGCCCCGGCACCGGCCCUCAACCCAGCCCACCCCGGGCCUGGCCCCUUCCGCUGCCACCUCCCCGAUCGCCGUGUCUUGGCACUCGCAGUCCAUCCGCCCCGCGGUGCUGGGCCCUCGGCCGUCCGUGGGGCAGCGCCCUCGGAGAGCCAAGGAGCGCCAGCCUGGAACUGCAAGCGCGGGCGGGAAGGAGCCCGAGUUUAGGGUGGUGAACAUCCACAAUGAGCGGCGCUGGAGGAGCUUGGAGGAGCCGAAUCCAGCUUUCUCGGUUCCCCGAACUUUGGCCAUCAGAGGGGUCGCUAGUCGCAGCCUGUGUCCGGGGAAGAGAAGUGGGAAGCUGAACAAGCCUGCCAGCGCCUCGCCAGAAAAAUAUCAGGGAAGCUGCAGAACAGUAACCCUGGAAUUCAAAGGAGUGGAAAAGCCUAGAUGAACUAUGACGACGAUGCAUCAAAGAAUCCUAAAGCAAUAGAGCUUUUUAUACCUCCCUACCCCCUCCUAGCUCAGAGAGGAAGACCAAAUGUCAAGUAAUUGAAGUGGAAUAAAAACAUUAUCUGCUCUGUGCAAA